ACUCAUUACCCAAUCGUUCAUCUUCUCUAUAUUGUGAGCAAAACUGGUUCUGUGCCUCACCUUCCAUCUGCGGAGUCCCCAAAAGAAGCCAUUAAAUUGCCUUCAGUAAUUGCGAAUUUAAGCUCUCUCUCUCUGAUGAUCUUCCUGCGCUUUCCCUUCGUCUUCCCUAAACCCUAAAAGCCAUCCGAGACGACUCGCCAUUGAAGCAUUAUAUAACUUGACAUUCUACCAUGGGAGACAAGAAACCCUAUGUUGCCAUCUUAGUCAUCCAAUUGAUCUACACUGGCUUGUACGUGAUCUCAAAGGCUGCGUUGGAUGAAGGACUGAGCACAUUCACAUUCAUUUUCUACCGCCAAUUGGCUGCCACAACUUUACUUGUUCCACUUGCCAUCAUUUUCGAAAGGAGAACAACAUCGAGACUUUCGUUUUGCCUCUCGUUGAAGAUCUUCAUGCAUGCGUUGAUUGGAAUAACUUUCAGCUUAAAUAUUUACAAUGUUGGCCUGAAAUAUACUUCUGCAACAGUUGCCUCUGCGGCGACAAAUUCCAUCCCUGUAAUCACAUUCUUUUUAGCGUUGAUAAUGAGAAUGGAAACUCUGAAGCUUAAGAGCCUGACAGGGAUAUCAAAGAUACUGGGAGUAGGAGUAUGCAUGGCUGGAAUUAUAACUAUGGCCCUAUACUCUGGGCCUCACCUAAAUCCUUUGAUAAAGCACCAUUCCCUAAGCCACAAAAAUAAUGCAGAUUAUAGCUCUUCACAUUCUAAGAAGAACUGGAUAAAAGGAACUUUUUUCUUAAUUACAGCAAACUCAGCCUGGUCACUUUGGAUAGUGCUUCAGGGGUGGUUAUUGAAAGAGUACCCUUCCAAGCUUCUCUUCACAGCCAUAGAAAGCGUUUUUAGUGCAGUACAGUCAUUUCUGGUUGCUGUAGCAUUUGAGAGGGACAUGUCACGGUGGAAGUUGAGGCUGGACAUGGGAUUGGUUGCCAUUGCUUAUUGUGGAUUUAUUGUUACUGGCGGCUCCUUCUACAUGCAAUCUUGGUGCAUUGACAAGAAAGGCCCUGUAUUCCUUGCCAUGUCAACUCCUUUGUCUCUAGCUUUCACCAUAAUUUGCUCAUCACUCUACUUAGGGGAGGUGAUUUCUUUGGGGAGUGUUUUGGGCGGAAUCUUGAUGGUCGGAGGACUUUAUAGCGUCUUAUGGAGUAAGAGUAAAGAAGGCGAAUGCAGGUCUUCGGAUGAAAGCACCAAAGAAUGUGAUGGAAAUAAGGAAGUCGCGUCAACAGUACAAAACUUAAUUUAGCUUUAUUAUAAUGUUCAUAUGCUGUUGAUGAAC